AUGUCGAUUAUAGUGCACAGCCUCGCAGCUACUAUGGACAAGCCCCUCAAAAUCCGAGAUCUGGACCCGGUGACAGCUCUCGAGAACCUCAAGAUGUCGGUUAUGGAGCACAGCCUCCCAGCUACUAUGGACAAGCCCCUCCGAACUCGAGAGCUAGACCCAGUGGCAGUCAAGCAGCUCAAACGCACCGACUUGGAUCUAUGUCCAAUCCUAUCGUUUACGAAGGCCCCUCAGCCAACGAGGUUGAACAACGGGAGAGGAGAAGAAAGGAUGAAGAAGAAAGAAAAGCACACGGGAUAUGCCCGCAAGCAUCAUGCCGUAACCUUGUUGUCCCAGGAAAGGCAAAAUGUGAGGAACACCUGGAAGCGAAUAGACAACGUCGAGGUGCGUAUCGAGAGAAGAAAAGAGCAGAAGGCAAAUGCUAUCAAAGUGGAUGUGACGAGCCUGCUGUGGCUGCUGGUGAAAGAUGUCAAAAAUGCAUCGAUGCUUCUCGGGCUUAUCGUCAAGCAAGAAAGUAGUUCGGGGUAUGGUUAG